AUGCCCUCUCACCCCAAUUUCCUCUUCAGGUGGAUUGGACUGUUUUCCGAGAAACUCCGUCGAAAAACGACUGGAAUCGAGGAACAGAACAACGGUGGAGAAUCAACCAGCGGCGCCUACGAUACGCCGGCGCUGAGCUCCGGCGAGUGUUACGCGUGCACACAGGUAGGCGUCCCGGCCUUCCACUCGACCAGCUGCGAUCAAGCUCACGCGCCGGAGUGGCGUGCUUCCGCCGGAUCUUCCCUAGUUCCUAUUCAAGAAGGAUCCGUCCCGAAACCCGCCCGAACGCGAUUCAGACGUCUCAAGGGUCCUUUCGGCGAAGUUCUCGACCCGAGGAGCAAGCGCGUGCAGAGAUGGAACCGCGCGUUGCUUCUAGCUCGCGGGAUGGCCUUAGCGGUGGAUCCGCUCUUCUUCUACGCGCUCUCCAUCGGCCGAACCACCGGACCAGCGUGUCUCUACAUGGACGGCGCGUUCGCGGCGGUGGUCACGGUGGUCCGCACGUGUCUCGACGCUCUUCACCUAUGGCACGUGUGGCUUCAAUUCAGACUGGCUUACGUGUCGAAAGAGUCCCUCGUCGUUGGUUGCGGAAAGCUCGUUUGGGAUCCACGCGCCAUCGCGGCUCACUACGCACGCUCCCUCACUGGCUUCUGGUUCGACGUUAUAGUCAUCCUCCCGGUCCCUCAGGCUGUGUUUUGGUUAGUCGUGCCAAAACUGAUAAGAGAAGAGAAGGUUAAGCUGAUAAUGACGAUCCUUCUGCUAAUCUUCUUGUUCCAAUUCCUCCCCAAGAUUUAUCACUGCAUCUGCUUGAUGAGAAGGAUGCAGAAGGUCACUGGUUACAUUUUUGGGACUAUUUGGUGGGGUUUUGCUCUUAAUCUCAUCGCAUAUUUCAUUGCUUCUCAUGUCGCUGGGGGAUGCUGGUAUGUUCUUGCAAUACAGCGUGUUGCAUCUUGCAUAAGACAUCAAUGCAUGAGGACCGGGAACUGCAAUCUGAGUCUGUCUUGCAAAGAGGAGGUCUGUUACCAAUUUGUGUCACCAACGAGCACAGUUGGAUAUCCAUGCUUAUCUGGAAACAUUACCAGUGUGGUCGACAAGCCUAUUUGCUUAGAUUCUGACGGACCAUUCCGAUAUGGUAUCUACGGUUGGGCACUUCCAGUCAUAUCCAGCAACUCUCUUGCGGUCAAGAUCCUUUAUCCUAUCUUCUGGGGUCUAAUGACUCUCAGUACAUUCGGGAACGACCUUGAGCCCACAAGCAACUGGCUUGAGGUUAUUUUCAGCAUAGUUAUGGUCCUUAGCGGGUUAUUACUCUUCACGCUGUUGAUCGGAAACAUUCAGGUGUUUCUGCACGCGGUAAUGGCAAAGAAGAGAAAAAUGCAGAUACGGUGUAGGGAUAUGGAAUGGUGGAUGAGACGUAGGCAGUUGCCUUCACGGUUAAGACAGAGAGUUAGGAGAUUUGAGCGGCAGAGAUGGACUGCAUUGGGUGGAGAAGACGAGCUGGAACUUAUACAAGACUUGCCUCCGGGUCUUCGAAGAGAUAUUAAACGAUAUCUUUGCUUUGACCUCAUUAACAAGGUACCAUUGUUCAGGGGCAUGGACGAUUUGAUCCUCGACAACAUUUGCGAUCGGGCUAAGCCUCGCGUCUUCUCUAAAGACGAGAAGAUCAUCCGCGAAGGAGAUCCUGUACAGAGAAUGAUAUUCAUCAUGCGUGGGAGAGUCAAACGUAACCAGAGCCUAAGCAAAGGCGUGGUAGCCACUAGUACGCUAGAAUCGGGCGGUUACUUAGGCGACGAGCUACUCUCAUGGUGCCUACGCCGUCCAUUCAUCGACCGUCUCCCUCCUUCCUCCGCGACAUUUGUCUGCCUGGACAACAUCGAGGCCUUCUCCCUCGGAUCCGAAGAUCUUAGGUACAUCACCGAUCACUUCCGUUAUAAAUUCGCCAACGAGCGGCUUAAGCGGACCGCAAGAUACUAUUCCUCAAACUGGAGGACUUGGGCUGCCGUGAACAUUCAGAUGGCAUGGCGCCGGUACAGGAAGAGAACCCGUGGUGGUGAGAACAAAGGCGGUUCGAUGAGCCCUGUGUCGGAGAAUAGCGUUGAAGGCAACAGUGAACGCCGGUUGCUUCAGUAUGCCGCGAUGUUCAUGUCCCUCCGACCGCAUGAUCAUCUCGAGUAA